ACGCGCGGGUGAUGCCUAUUAAUCAUUCACCAGCCCAAAGCAUAGCCAGUUAAUGGUUGUGCCGCUCAGAGCUCCAGCCUCCCGGUCUCUUCUAUCCACGCUCACCGGUGCCCUGAUGCCCGGGAGCUCCCGGCAGCAGAGCACAAGUACCCGCUGGACGAUGCACUCCGCCGGCCCCUUUCCGAGCCGCGCUCCUCGGAGCGGCCGCGCUCUCCCCUGAGCUAGUCCACGGAGAGCUGCCGGCUAGCGGCGGCCCCGGUGCCAAAGGAGGGCGCCGGCAGUGGGGAAGAGCGCCCAAGACCUUGAAGCCCCGACAGUUCCCCCACCCCCAAGUUAGGAUGUUCCCCAAUGGCACCGCCUCCUCUCCUUCCUCCUCUCUUAGCCCUAGUCCCAGCAGCUGCUGUGAAGGCGAAAGCGGCGGCGGGAGCCCUGGGGCCCGAAGCGCGGACGGCAUGGAGGAACCAGAGCGCAACGCGUCCCAAAAUGGGACCUUGAGCGAGGGCCAAGGCAGCGCCAUCCUCAUCUCUUUCAUCUACUCGGUGGUGUGCCUGGUGGGGCUGUGUGGAAACUCCAUGGUCAUCUAUGUGAUCCUGCGCUAUGCCAAGAUGAAGACGGCCACCAACAUCUACAUCCUUAAUCUGGCCAUCGCUGAUGAGCUGCUCAUGCUUAGCGUGCCCUUCUUGGUCACCUCCACGCUGCUGCGCCACUGGCCCUUUGGCGCCCUGCUCUGCCGCCUCGUGCUGAGCGUGGACGCGGUCAACAUGUUCACUAGUAUCUACUGCCUGACUGUGCUGAGCGUGGACCGCUAUGUGGCUGUGGUGCACCCCAUUAAAGCUGCGCGCUACCGCCGUCCCACUGUGGCCAAGGUGGUGAACUUGGGUGUGUGGGUACUGUCUCUACUUGUCAUCCUACCCAUCGUGGUCUUCUCUCGCACAGCUGCCAACAGCGAUGGCACAGUGGCCUGCAACAUGCUCAUGCCAGAGCCUGCCCAGCGCUGGCUGGUGGGCUUCGUGCUGUACACGUUCCUCAUGGGCUUCCUGCUGCCUGUGGGAGCCAUCUGCCUGUGCUAUGUGCUCAUUAUUGCCAAGAUGCGCAUGGUGGCCCUCAAGGCUGGCUGGCAGCAACGCAAGCGUUCAGAGCGCAAGAUCACUUUGAUGGUGAUGAUGGUGGUCAUGGUAUUCGUCAUAUGCUGGAUGCCUUUCUACGUGGUACAGCUGGUCAAUGUCUUCGCGGAGCAGGACGACGCCACAGUGAGCCAGCUCUCGGUCAUCCUUGGCUACGCCAACAGUUGCGCCAACCCCAUCCUCUAUGGCUUCCUCUCAGACAACUUCAAGCGCUCUUUCCAGCGCAUCCUGUGCCUCAGCUGGAUGGACAACGCUGCAGAGGAGCCAGUCGAUUAUUACGCCACGGCCCUCAAGAGCCGCGCCUACAGCGUAGAGGACUUCCAGCCUGAGAACCUGGAGUCCGGCGGGGUCUUCCGUAAUGGCACCUGCACAUCCCGGAUCACGACGCUCUGAGCGCGACUA